ACCCUGUGAAUGUGCGCACUGUACGCUUCCUGUUCACUGUGCGUACGUUAGCUGAUUUUUAACGAGUUUACGUCGGUUUCAUUAAAGCUACUGGUGUUUAUAGUGAGUUACUGGGUUUAUGACUGAAAGCAUUCUUGUAAAUAUUAUGAUUGAGAGCAACCUGCAGCACUUUUAGACAAUAUGGAGGACCAAACGUCAGCUACUGUCUUUCUACAGCCUGCAUGCAACUGAGGCUUCAUAUGUUUGCAGGGAGAGGCCUGCUCCUUGGUGAGAACAGCUCUCUGAGAAAAUGGACAGAGGGUGGUUCGUUGGAAACGAGAGGAUACUUUCCUCCGAAUCUCAACAGCGAUUGUCCAGCAGUGUCUCUACGCCCUGCUUGACUAUAAACGUGAGCAAAUUGCUCGAAGCUGACAAGCCCAGCUCCAUGAGGAAGCCUGUCCCGAUCCGCCCUCCAGGCCCCAGAGUUACUCGCCCAAAUGAACAGAAAAGCCACCCCUUCCUCACCUGCGAGCCCACCCCAAAGCCCAUCAUCCGACAACGAUCACGAUCUCUGCCUUCUGCCUCCGAGAGCAAAAAGAAGCGAACCAGAGGGAUUGGGGUGAGGUUCGUCGACUCUCUGGGACUCGACCUGGAAGAUGUUAGGGUUUUCAAGUCUGGUGAGGACCCGUUUGUGCCUGAGCAUGUUACCUUUAGACUCCUAAUGGGUGCUGAGAUGACAGAUGGAAGGCAUCUGGAGAUCAACUUGCCGUACCUAAAGCCAGUUUUUUCCCAACAACCUGGUGACCAGCCAGGGUUUCUGCAGCGUCUUCAGGAGCAGAAAGUGUGCCUAGAGAGGGUGUUGUGUUUUGAGCUGGGUAUUAUUGGAAUCACGCAAGUCCUAAAUUUAGAGUUUGGAAAAGAAGUUACAGUUCGGUAUUCAUUUACAGAGUGGAGAAACUCUGCAGAAACUAAGGCUUCCUGGGUAUCCACUGUCACCAAGACCUGGGAUGAAGGAGAAAGAGGAAAAGAAAUGAGUUGUGAUACAUUUCGUUUCCACCUGCCUGUUCCUCCAUCCCUUCGACCAGGAGCGCAAUUGGAGUUCACUAUUCAAUACAGAGUCUGCGGUGCUGAAUAUUGGGAUAACAACAAUGGAAAGAAUUAUAAAUUAGUCUGCCAAAACUACAAAUUAACUGUGCCUAAAGAAUGUGAAGACAGCAUGGUGCAUUUCAUUUAGAAUAAGACUACAUGGAAAAUGUAUUUUGAGCACUUGGUGCCUACUGGUUUUAAGACAUAGUUCUGCUAGAAAGUUUACAAACCCUCCCAUUAAAGAACAUUAUAAAUUCACAAUUCCUUUGUAAUCCAAAUAACUCAAAACUAAAAAAGGUAAUAAUUGAAAAAAAUUAACUAAAUAUGAAUUUAGUAUUGGAAAAUAUUAACAAAAACGAAUGAUUCUAAAAAAAACUAUCUCAGGCAAAAAAACGAAAACAAAAAAAAAACAGGGAUGCGACAUACCUGUCAACAGGUGCAGAAAUCUGACUGAACAUUUCCUAAACAUUUUACAUAAAAACUCAUUUUAGUGAUUGCCUCAAAUUGUUGCUCAACAAAAUGUAUGUGUGUAUCUAUCUAUCUAUAUAUAGAGAUAGAUAUAGAUAUAGAUAUGUGUGUGUUUAAUGUACAGUAUUUUACUGCCAGAUCUUUUUUUUCUGUCUUUAUUGGAAGAGUAUGUAAACUUUCAAGCAAAACUGUAUAUGAGGAAUAACAACAGAUUAGAUUUUCUUGAUUUAAGCACUAAUAUAAUUAUGAUUAUGUCUUGAAUAUCAAGCACUUUGAUAGUGAUUCAAGCACUAAAGCACAAAUUGCAUAUAUAUAUAUCACUGAUUAAAUAAAAUGAUUUCAUGUUGUAC